CCCGCGGAGCGAAGCAAGCGCAGCAAGUCUCGUCCGAGAGAGCCGUGCCGCCAGCGUGCCGCCAGCGCCGCGCGAGCCGAGGCAGUAGUGCAACCCCGUGUAGUGCGCGUGUGCCGUGUGUGACAGUGCAGUGACAAGUGUGACGAUAGUGCGGCGUGCCGAUGACGCGCCCAUGUUGAUGAGCGUCGCGCCGAUACGGGUCCCCCACAAGGUCCCCCAGGUUCCCCCCAUGUGCAGCACCACCCUCAUGGAGGCGACCAGCGACGAGCUACCGCGGCCGCCUCACUUUCUGCUCAACAACAACAACAACAACACCAAGUCCUUGGUCGUGGGAAUGGCGCCCGCGUCCCCGGAGGACUCCGCGACGAGUGACGAACGCGUCGGCCCCCACGGCGCGCCCCUCAGCCCCUGCAGCCCCGGCGGCCGGUCGACCAGCAGCCCCGCGCGCUGCGAGGACGACGACGACGAGAUCUCGGUGGGCUGCCCGUCACCUUCGCCGCACGCCGCCCGCGAUGACAGGAUGUCCGACGACGAGGAGGAGUACCACCGGCGCCACUACCGGAGUGGGUCGUCGAGCCCCGAGCACCGGCAAGAGGACGACUACUUCAAGCCCCUCAAGAAGCUCAAGAUGAUGCAGAUCAACAAGCAGGCCCGCAAGCUGAGGCGGCAGUCCGCGUCCCCGCCGACGUUGCCCACCCCGUUGCCUCCCCCGCCCCCGCCGGCUGUGGCGGCGUUCGAGUCGGAGCAGACCCCCAGCGGCACGUCGCCGACGGGCGUCAAGUCGUUCAGCAUCAUGGACAUCCUGAACCACAGGCCGCGGCCGGCGCACAGCCCCGUGCCUCCUCCGCCCCCCGUGGCCGUGCCCUGCCCGUCGGCCGCGGCGAUGCACCGCGUGGACGCCGCGCACGCCGCCGUCGGCUUGAUGCUGCAGAGCCCCGCCAUGCUGGCCGCCGCCGCGUCCGCCGCGUCGCGGAUCGUCCGGCCCUGGGACUUCGGGGGCAUGCUGGACCCCGCCAUCAUGAUGGAGCGGAUACACCAGCAGCAGCAGACACUGCGCCGCCACCAGCAGCACGUCCAGCACGUGCAGCAGCAACACCUCCACCUCCAGCAGCAGGCCGCCGCGCACCACCAGGCGCAGCAGGCCCUGUCGCUGUCCAGGCCGCAGUCCGCGGACCUGUCCUCGUCGGCGUGCUCGUCGGGGAGGUCGUCCACCGCCAGCGACUGCUGUUCGCCCAGCCCGGACGUGCGGCGGCAGCAGCAGCAACAGCAGGGCAAGGACGGCAACUCGCCGCUCGACGCGCUCUUCCAGAUGACCAGCAAGACCUUCGACGGGCUCAACGGCGAGCAAGCAGCAGAAGGCUCGGGCAGCCACCUCAACCUGUUCAACUCGCGGCAGCAGACCAAGAAGAAGCGCAAGUCGCGGACCGCCUUCACCAACCACCAGAUCUUCGAGCUGGAGAAGAGGUUCCUCUACCAGAAGUACCUGAGCCCCGCCGACCGGGAUGAGAUCGCCGCCGGCCUGGGCCUGUCCAACGCGCAGGUCAUCACGUGGUUCCAGAAUCGACGGGCGAAGCUAAAGAGGGACAUGGAGGAGCUGAAGAAGGACGUGGAAUCGGCCAAGGUGCUGACGGCGCACAAGUCGUUCCUGGAGAAGGUGCACAGCCUGGGGGUGCUCAAGAAGAAGGCGCCCCCGCAGGACAAGAGUGGCGACAAGUGAGACGGUGGCGCCCCCUGGUCGCCCUAUAACAGAGACUAAAGUGGCCAGUUGCCCCACAUUCCCGCGCAGCCGUUCUUCACUGCUAAAUCCCCCCGGCGUCCCCCCGGAGUCCCCGGCCGCUUCCGGUCAUUCCCCGUGACCGCGGCCCAUUUGUUAUCGGCUCCGUCGUUUCCGGGACCGGCCGCCCUGCCGCCGCGCCGUCCGGCCGAGGCCCCCGAGGCCCCCGAGCAGCUCGUCCACUCGGCGGCGUGGCGAACGGAACGCGGAACGCGGAGCGCGGCAGUGAAGAGCGGCCUGCCUGCCCUGCGCGGAGCAUGUGCUUUUUUUGUGCUGUUAGUUACCAAAAAGUAUUUAGAGGAUUUUUAAACCGAAACUUGCCCUGUUUACCAAAAAUUACUAUGUGAGAACCUUAGCUGAAUUGGCGGCUGGCUCUCGCGAGCCGCCACUGUGUAAGAUAGUGUGGGUGCGGUCUGCACCGCGGGCCCAGGGCCCAGCCCGUGUACCUUGUUCCUGUAAGCGGCACGACGGUGUCUCGGUGUCGAGUCCGCCGGAGUCCGCUGGUUCCAUGGCCACGUGUCAGAGGAUUUGGCCGUAGUGCAGCGGCAUCUUUUAUCUUAAAAUCACAAGUCCGUUGUUGCGGACGACAAAGACUGUACGCUUUGAAAAAAAAUAUUAAGGUGACAUGAAUUUUUAACCUUGCAUUUUGUUAAAAAAAAUUCUUUCUGAUCCGGGAAUGGAACCAUGUUGUAUUGUACACUUUUGUAGAUCUCACCUAUAGUUUUAGUUCCUAUUUGUCUACGUUGCCAUGUACAUAAUGUCAAAAGAGUUAAUAUUGUACAAACUAAACUUCAUCGAUGUGUAUAAAAGAGUGGCACAGAUUUUAGUCUAGAUUCAAAUGUCUUUAUUUAUACUCUUUUUAGUGUAAAUUGUCUUCUCCUUUGGAUUUGAUUUGACAGCUGUCAGACAGUUCGCUUUUUUGUCUAAAAAAGUGGGUGCUUCAUGUCAUGUCCAGAGGUGUUGAGUUGCUGCUUCAUUAUGAACCAACUCGUGUGAUAUUUUAUUUUAUAGCAGCUGUUUAUGUGUUUGCGCCACUAAUGGUGCUUUCGUUACUCUUUGAUUUGCAAGAUUCUUCUGAAUUAAAAUUCAUGUUGCGUUACCCUUUUCCUUGGAAAAUGUGCAAUAAAAUGAUGCAGAAUUAUUGUUAUAGUCUAAGUACUGUUAUGGUAUAAGCGUGAAAGGCAUCUUACCAUAAAAAUCUUUUUGGCUUUUGGUCGUGUGUUUGAGAGUAUAGUUUUUCAAUUCUUAUUAUUUAUUAUUUAUUUCCGAGCAUGAAAAUUACCUAAGGUCAGCCUUUUACCACGUCUUUAGUGAAAAUUUGCCAAAUAUAAAUGAGCUCAUUGUAAAUGUCAUUUCAAUGUAUCAUUCUGUGCAUAACUUGGUGUUCCGAUGUGUGAAAUAAUGUGGCGAUUCCGCCUUGCCAUCAAACCAAAUGCUUAAGUGUACGCGUACACUUAUCUUGCAACUAUUGUGAUCGAU